GCAGAAGAGGUUGCUGGCGAGUCCCGACGGUGGCGGUAGUGACUGAGGUGCUUGGGGCGUAGAGCAGCGGUAGCGGCAGCAGGCGGCUACCAAGCAGCCAUGAGGGCCGGGCCCAGUCACCGACAGAUCUGGCUAAGUUGCCCAGGCUGGGCUUGAAUUUGGGAUCCUCCUGCUGUCACCCUCCUACAGUGCCGGGAUCACAGAUGUGUUUUACCACACAGGGCUUCCUUUUAUAUUUUAUUUUGAGAUAGGAUCUCACUAAGUUGUCCAGGAAGGACUUGAAUUUGCCAUCCUCCUGCCUCAGCCUCCCAAAGUGCUAGUUACAGUGUGAGCCAUUGCCCUGUGCUGUGUUGAUGCUGGUCUGCCAUGCUCGCCUGUCUGCCAGGGCCCGGGGACCUGUCCUUUCAGCUUCUUUCUCACACGCAGAUGAACACUGGACUUCAGAAAUGGGACACUACACAGAAAAUGAGAACUGCUCACUGUCCUACCCCAGCCGAAUUGGACGCGUAUGCUAAGAAGGUCGCAAACAACCCACUGACUAUAAAAAUCUUCCCCAACAGUGUGAAGGUUCCCCAGCGGAAACACGUUCGUCGUACUGUGAACGGCCUCGACACAUCAGCCCAGCGCUACAGCCCCUACCCGACUCAGGCUGCCACCAAGGCAGGCCUGCUUGCCAUUGUCAAAGUGCCAGCCAAAAGCAUACUCAAGGACUUUGACGGCACCCGAGCCCGGUUACUCCCUGAGGCCAUCAUGAACCCCCCAGUGGCACCCUAUGCUACUGUGGCACCCAGCACUUUAGCCCACCCCCAGGCCCAGGCUCUGGCCCGCCAGCAGGCCCUGCAGCAUGCACAGACCCUGGCCCAUGCCCCUGCCCAGACGCUGCAGCACCCUCAGGGUAUCCCGCCGCCACAGGCACUGUCUCACCCUCAGAGCCUCCAGCAGCCUCAGGGCCUGGGCCACCCUCAGCCCAUGGCCCAAACCCAGGGCUUGGUCCACACUCAGGCCCUGGCCCACCAGGGUCUCCAGCAUCCCCCUAAUCCUUUGCUGCAUGGAGGCCGGAAGGUGCCAGACUCAGAUGCCCCCCCGAAUGUGACCGUGUCUACCUCAAGUAUCCCCCUUUCAAUGGCGGCAACCCUGCAGCACAGCCAGCCCCCGGACCUGAGCAGCAUCGUGCACCAGAUCAACCAGUUUUGCCAGACGAGGGCAGGCAUCAGCACUACCUCAGUGUGUGAGGGCCAGAUCGCCAACCCCAGCCCCAUUAGUCGCAGUCUGCUCAUCAAUGCAAGCACGCGGGUCUCGACCCACAGCAUCCCCACACCAAUGCCUUCCUGUGUGGUCAAUCCCAUGGAGCACACCCACGCAGCCACGGCCACACUGCCUGCCACAGGCUCUGUCAACCUGCCCACAGGCAUCUCUCGAGCCCCUGCUGGCUACCCUAGGGACCUCAAGCCAGUUGCCUGGAACCAGCACCAGCUGGCCCACCUACAACAGAUGUGCAGCGAGGCUGGUGGGACACCAGCACCUGGCCUAGCAGGCAAGCAUGCAGCAGGACGUGAGUUGGCAGGGCCUGGCUUUGUGGCCAAAGCCCCUGCCUACCCGCAGGAACUCUGCCUGGCACAGUCCUUCCAUCUGAAGCCACCCCUGGAGAAGCCAACCCCAUCCCCACCAGUCAACGGCCUGGCAGCCCCACUGGCUUACCCAAAUGGUCACUACUUCCAACCCCCAUGGAACAACAUCCUGCCCACUCCCAAUAGCGACAGCUCGGGGUCUCAGGACCUUGCCAUGCCGUUCCAUAGUGGGCAGGCUACAGGUGCACCCCUCGACUGUGCAGCAGCACCUGGGGCCCACUACCGAGCAGGGACUGGGGGUGGUCCAGUGGCAAGCCAGAACAGCUUGAUGCAAACAGUGGAUUACCUGAGUGGGGAUUUCCAGCAGGCCUGCUUCCGAGAACAGAGCCUGGCCUUGCUAAGCAAAGCUCACCGAGCCCCUAGCAGCCGAGCCCCUGAUCCUACAGAUAGUCGAAGUCUUCAUAUUCAGCACCCGGGAUAUAGAUAGGGAGGGUGCUUUUCUGAAUCAUCAUGUCAUCCAUCACCCUCCUAGGUUUAGUCUUUUAAGUAACUGGAUAGUUUCAGAGUUUCACUCUCCAGUGUGAUCAUUCUUAGAUGUCUAUGGAUGAGGACUUGGCAGGAACUAAUUGGGGAGAGAGGACCUCUUAACCCCCCGCCCCCCGGCAACUUGUGUUCUUACCUUAGACCCCGACUGACCAGAGGCUUUUCUUCUCUCCACUGCCUGCCUGUCGGGCCAUCCACCUCAUUUCAGACCAUCCUCCCAUCUUUCCUGAACCUCUGCCUCUUUCCCGUGGACUGGGCUGUGGCUAAAGGGAAAGGCCUGGCCCCUGACCUCUCCCUGUUCUUCACUCUUUGGGAUUAAGAAACGAGACUUUCCAGGUGCUCUGGAAGCUAAUUCCUUAUUCACCCAAAGACCUCAAGUCAAAACUAAUCCAAUCUUCAUCUCUCCCCAGCUCCUUUCCAUUACUCAAGACCAUAGCCUUGAAAAAUGGAGAAAAAUCUUUCUAUUGGUGUCUUGGUUCCUGACUCUGCUUCUAGAGAAAUGCAGUGGCCAGUUGGCUUACCACGGCCUCUUAUGGUUAUCUGUCUCCUGUCUUAACUGCUGUUCUCAUUCCUACUCCCCCCCUCACACACAAAAGCAAAAAAAUAAUAAUAAUAAUAAAACUAUCUUACUUGAGAAAUUAGGUAGAUGAGGGAUGAUCACAUUGGAGUUUGGAAUUAAAAACACCAAAAAAGAAAAAACAGUAAAAAUGCAUUUGGUUUUCCCUACACUGGCUAAGAAUAUUGCUCUAAACUGUAAGUUUUAAGUGUCACGUUUCUGUAUGAAUGUAGUGUGGGUUUGAGUAGCACUGUGUAUGAGUGGCCCCACAGGUACAUUGACUCUCCUCAUCACCUCCUUUUGCAGCCCCUCAGAUUAAUGGGGAAAACAAACAACAACAACAACAAAAAACACAAAGCCUUAAGCUCUUUGAAGUUUUCCUCUACCAAGUGAGCACGGUUGUAAUCUGCUGGAAAGGGGCCUGGUCAGAGACAGCCCUCCCGCCCUGCCCCGCCCCUCCUUGCAGCAUCCCUGUUCCAUGCUGUUUCAUUCCUGAGUGAUGUAGUUGGCUAGAAAUAUAUCUCUUCUCUGUAACCUUUUACUUAGAUUAUAUUUUAUUGCACAGUCUUUGCACCCCUCUUCUGUUAAAAGAUGCAGUUAGUCUCUGAUUUUUUCUUUUUUUAAACCAAAUAAGCUCUUUUCCUCUAGUUUUGGGAAAUGUGAGCGGAUACUUAUAGUUUUGGGUUCUGUUUACUAUCUCCUCUUCCUUAGCCAGAAAUUCUCUAGUGAUCUGAACAAGUGUGACCGAAGACCAGUUUUUAAAUUAUGUGUUGGCAAGUUGCCUUAUAUUAAAAAAAAAAAAAUCACCUGAUUGUGUUAAGCCAAAUGAUAGCAACCUGAAAUCCUAAUUUAUUGUCCCAGUUGUUUUCCUGCUGUCUGUAAACACUGUCACCUUGCUGUCCCUGAGCCCUCGGGAGCCUCUGAAGCCUCUGGUGCAAUGCCUUCUCCCCAGGUGUUGACCACCGUCUCUCCCAUGGUCCCCUUUCAUGUCUUGCUUUUUGGAAUCAAAAGAGCACUGCUGUCUCCCAUACCUCUUGCUUGAUCUCCAAAUCAGACAUUCUUGCUGAAGUCCUCCCCCUCACACAGCCUCUCCUUACAAGGUGAGCCACCACUGCAGGAAACUGGACCAGAUACCAACUUUGCUUUAAGUCAGACAACCUCAAACCCAUCUUCCUUUGUAGGGGUGCAAGUCUCUGAAGCUCACUCCCACCCUUAGUCUGCAUGGAAAAUGUACUGUGCACCCCCUCCAACUGCCCUCACCUAGUUCAGCCUGAGUCCCUGCCCCUCAGCCAGCCAACCCCAACCAGCAAUAAGGGUCCAAGCUAGGGCCUCCUGUCUAUUCCUUGCCUCCAUCCCAUGCCACCCCUAGGAGAAACCUGGACUCCCCACUCUAUCCACAUACUGUAGCAUUCAUUCUCCAUCUCUCACCUCGCCUGUGGUGGUUUAUGGGUGUGAUGGGGUUUUUAAGAUUAUUAUAAACCAGUAAAGAGAAAAAACUCA